CGGGGCGGGGCUCGGCGCGGCGGGCGGGCGGGCGGUGAGUGUCGUGUGCCGCCACCUUCUGCACACCAGCAGCGCGGGGCUCGGCGGAGGCAGCCGCGGGAGCGCCAAUGCCUGGACCGACACAAGCCCUGUCCCCAAAUGGCGAGAACAAUAACGACAUCAUCCAGGAUAACGGGACCACCAUCAUCCCCUUCAGGAAGCACACCGUGCGGGGGGAGCGCUCCUACAGUUGGGGAAUGGCGGUCAACGUGUACUCUACCUCUAUAACCCAAGAGACUAUGAGCAGACAUGACAUCAUCGCAUGGGUUAAUGAUAUAUUAGCUUUAAACUACACAAAAGUUGAGCAACUCUGUUCAGGAGCAGCUUACUGCCAGUUCAUGGACAUGUUGUUCCCAGGGUGCAUUAGUUUGAAGAAAGUAAAGUUUCAAGCAAAGCUGGAGCAUGAAUACAUUCACAACUUCAAACUUCUGCAAGCAUCGUUUAAAAGAAUGAAUGUGGAUAAGGUAAUUCCUGUGGAAAAACUGGUCAAAGGGCGCUUCCAAGACAACUUAGAUUUCAUCCAAUGGUUUAAGAAGUUCUUUGACGCUAACUACGAUGGGAAGGAGUAUGAUCCUGUGGAAGCUCGACAAGGCCAAGAUGCUCUUCCCCCACCAGAUCCCGGUGAACAGAUCUUCAACCUGCCCAAGAAGUCUCAUCAUGCAAACUCUCCAACUGCAGGUGCUGCUAAAUCCAGUCCAGCUUCUAAACCAGGAUCAACACCUUCUCGCCCAUCUUCAGCAAAAAAAGCUGCACCAAGCAGCUCAGCAUCAAAAUCAGAUAAAGAUUUGGAAACCCAAGUCAUACAGCUCAGCGAACAGGUACAUUCAUUAAAACUUGCACUUGAAGGAGUGGAGAAGGAAAGGGAUUUCUACUUUGGCAAAUUAAGGGAGAUUGAACUUCUCUGCCAAGAACACGGGGGAGAGAAUAAUGACCUUGUGAAUCGGCUAAUGGAAGUCCUUUAUGCUUCAGAAGAACAUGAGAGCCACACAGAAGAGCAUGAAGGUGAAGAGCAAGUCCAUGAACAGCCCCAGCAGCAGGAGGAGUACUGACUCACCCAGCGGCUCUGACAAUUUUCGUUUUGUGUGAGAACUUUCUUCUGGAGAAUGGAACAUCUGCGGCCUCAAACUUGAAAUCAGUUCACUCCCAGUCUGCCAUUAACAUUUAUGUACCAUAGUGAGUGCCAGCCAGCCACUGCAUUCUGUACCCAUACUUUGCCAAGAUGCAUUUGCAGACGUCUUCUUUCAGUGUAUCUUCCCAAGAGGUUGUAGGGCUACAUCACCUACUGUACAUCACUGCAACUUCACCACUUGGCUGCUUGAGAUUUGUUCUGCUCUUUAAAAAAGUAUAUAUAUUUAUUUUUUCUUUUUUUUUUUUUGUCUUAAGUAUGAUACACUUGUAACUUGUUCUAACAUAUUUAUAUUGGCAUUUUGUGUGGCAAGAAGUACCGUACCACUAGCUGUGUCUCUCACUUUGUGGUGCUUUCGCGUUUUCUAGUACGUCUGCCUUGGGGCAUAAAUUCGGUCAAACAAUUGGAAUAAAGGGAUACAGAGGAAGUCAUAAUCAAGCCAUAACAAUGAGAUGUGUUGUGGAGGAGAAUGCUCGUGUUGCUCACGUUUAUUCCUUUCCUGCCUUCACGAAAUGCAAGGCAGAGCAUCUGUUUCACUAGCAGAGAUUUAAACCCCUGUGUUAGAAAGCUUGUUAGAAAGCUGCAUGAUAUGUUUUUUGGCUUAUUUCUGGAGGAACAGACAUCCACUUGAGUUUUUUGAAAACCCUCCUAGUUUCCUGACUAGUCAGUAGAUGCUUCCCAGCUUUUCUUCCUUCCUGAGAAAUCCAGUCCCAGCCUCCAGCUGCAGCUCUGCCUCUGCAUAGCUCAAUGCUGAUGGAGGUGAGAAAUCUCCUUGACACAAGUAUAGCUGCAGGACAUGAUCUCUGCUGUCAUACUUGGCUUCCCAGCCCUUGGAAGAGGACAAAGUAGGCCAGCCGUUUCUUCUUGCUGUCCUUCCCGCUCUGCUGCCCUGGCCAUACGAGUUGGAAGACAGAAAUUUCCUGCUGGUGUAAAGCAUGGGGAAAGACCAGCAACAGCACUGGCCUUGAGCCCUCUGAACUCUCUGUGAGUGAGUAGUGGACACUUCAUGGGUGUUGAGGCUGCUUACGAAGCACAGAGGGGCAGUUGAGGGCUCCUACUGGAGACAGAGUAUACAUCAGAGGGGGCCCAGCUCACCAAGGGACACAGAGUCAGUUCUUUGCUUGGCUAACCCUCCUCCAGUGAGGCCUGUGCAGGGCAGAACCAUGUCUGCCGUGGAGAUGUCUGCAGUCAGAGAGUUCCCUUCCAGUGCUGUCCCAUUGCCCUGUUCUAAAUGAUGGUAUUUUAUAAACAGAGGUAUCUUGAAGUAUGCAAAGCAUUCCGUAUUUUUCUUGUAAAACUGUGCAUUGUAGUCUCUCUGAAUAUUUAAUGCUUGGUAUUCUUGGUCUUUCACUUGAUUUUCCUAGCUCUGGAUUGUUACACUGAGUUAGCAGGCACAUGGAAGUCCCAUCCCAAUCAGCAGUCACUGGAAAACUCCAAAGCGUAAUGAACAGCUAAAUCAUGUUAGACCUUCAUAGGCUCCUAAUGCGUAAGUUUCCAGCUUUACGCUUCCACGGAGAGGUUUUCAAUUAAUCAACCCCCUGGUGCACACAGACACAUGCUCAUGCAGUUUUCUGUUCCUAAUCGAUCUUCUGCAGCUAAGUGGCUCUUGGCUAAAUGUGAGAACCCUGCUGUUGUGUGUCGCACCACAGACAACGUAUAAAAUACUGCUAAGCACUAGAACAGGUAUUUCCAGAUCCUUGAUCCUCCCCCUGCUCAGCAGAAGAGUUUCUGGACCCCGCAGGCUGAAGGUUUCCCAGCCUUGUCUCCAGCGCUGGCCUCGUGUCCUACCCAGCGAUGAAGUGGAAGUACUGCAACCUGCUGGCCAGCGCUUUCCUUUCCUUUCUUGAUUGGUUACAAGCAAGGUCUGGUUUCUAAAAAAAUGUGUAUAUUCCAAAAUAAGUAUUUCCAAGAAUCACCACAAAUGGGGGAAUUGUCAUUUUUGUUGUAUUUGUGUUUAUUAGAACAUAUGUACUUAUUACAAUUGUCAUUGUAAUAAACGGUAGUUCUUCAUAA